UAGUAACAAUUUUCACUUAGCCUAUGUUAGUAAGAUACAAAUAAUGAAAUAUGAAGCCGCUUACAUAGCACUGGAGACGUGCAAGCUAAGCCAGCGCCCCAGCAGCGGCGAGUCCCACCUGUCAGCCAAUGCCCUCAGGAUGCCAUUUGUACUGCCGCGGAGACGCUCUAGGAGCGAUGCGCUCCGCUUCCGAAUUAUCGCGUGGAAGCCGUCGGUGUGCGCUUCCGCAAACAUGGUUGACGCGCUGCAGAACCGCGGCAGGCCAAGUAGCACCCUGAACGCAUUGUUGUACUGCACACGCAGUGCGCCGUAAGCGCGCUGGGUAAAGCUGACCCAUAGGCUGCACGUGUAAAGAGACUGGCAGUAAGCUUUAAAAAGCGUGAUUUUUACUUCAUCCUUACAACGCGCAAACCUACGUGCCAACAUAUUACAACGCACUGACAGCGCCCUGCGCUCCCUUUCUAUGUCUACAUUAUCCUUUAAGUCAUCUGUAACCCAGUGACCAAGGUAUUUAAAUGAGUUAACCCGUUUCAGAGGCAUACCACAAAGUGUUAAGUGCGGAACUGAUGAGUAUGUUUUAGUCCGCGAUUUGAAGAUCAUGAACUCACUCUUCGACACAUUAUAUUUGAGUCCAUGUGCCAUCGCAUACUCCUCGCAUAUCUUAAGCAGUUUACGCAUAGCUGCAAUCGACGGGUGGACUUCAACUGCUUAGUGUAUGGUGCAGCAAAUUCCAUACCAGUUCUCACAAUGAUGUUGUUCACAUCCCAAGACACGAUCUUGGAUCGGCAGAUGACGUCAACAGAAGGGUCUUUGUACAUAAGUUUGGCAAAUAUUGGCGCAAUAAUAGGCACGCCACUGGCAGGGUACCUAGUCGACUAUUUAGGGCGAAAGAGGAGUAUGAUCGUCUGUGUGUUUAUGCCACUGAUAAGCUGGUCGUUGUUCGUCUUCUCCAAUAAAGUUGAAGUGCUCCUAGCAUCAACGUUUAUAGUAGGCAUGGGUGGAGGCAUGUUCGUCAUUAUUCCAGCAUACAUCUGUGAAUUCAGUCAAGACUCAAUCAGAGGCACCUUAGCCUCUGGGACUUUGAUCUUCAUGAUAUUAGGAAUACUUAUUUCGAUUGUCCUUUCGGAGUUCAUGAGCUACAAAACAAUUACGUAUAUUGGGCUGACAGCUUCUACGAUAGGGGUAGCGUUGUUGAGCGUUUUGAAAGAAUCGCCGACAAUGCUGUUGAAGAGAGGACUAGAUGAUGAAGCGGCUAAAGCGAUGGCUUUUUAUAGAAACUCAAAACCAGAUUCUAAGAUAGUUGUACAAGAAAUUGAAAAAGCGAAACAGGCGUUAGCUCCUCAGAUUGAAGAAAAUAUACCUGAAGAAGAAAAGUUGACGGCCGAGUUUGGAAAGAAGCCAGAAGAAAAGCUCUCCAAAUGGCAGUUUUUCAAAAACUCAAAAUCCACGCAACGAGGGCUGUUCCUCGUCAUGACAGCGAUGGCUGCUGGCAUCUUCCAGGGGAUGUCAGUAAUCCAGUCGUAUUCCAUACCGCUGUUCAGCGAGGCUGUACCGGCUGAUGUACUGUCUCCAAUCUGGUGCACUGCCAUCUUGACUGGCCUCAAUUUGGUGUCCGCUCUGGUGGCUGGGUAUCUGACUGAUAUUGCUGGAAGAAAAGUGAGUUUAGUUCUUAUUCCCCUUUUGAUAUUUUCCAACCCACAUUCUCACAGUUACAUCUCCUGUAGGUAA